ACUAAUCGCGUAGUGUACAAAACGUCGCUCAAUGGCGGACACUACAAGCUUCCAGUUUAAAUAAUUUAAUUUUCCAUUUUUAAUUUCAUUUAGUACACAAAUAUUUAAAAUAUAUGUUACAAGUUUCAAAUUUAGAAAGUCUUGCGAAGUUUCUUGCUUUAGAAAUAUAAGAUUUCCUAAUUCUUUUCCGUUUUUAAAUUUCGUCGAAUUUGUAGUGAAGCUUUGACAACAUGACGUCGAUAGUAGGACUGAAGAAUCCAGCGUGGGACCUAAAUAGAAGCCAAUAUGACGAAAUAGACGACCUACCAAUGAUGCAGAGUCCAGGGCCAAUAAUGGUGAUCUUAGCGAUAUAUCUCUUAUUCGUUCUAAAGAUAGGCCCUGACUUCAUGAGGAAAAGAGAAGGAUUCAAGCUAACAAACGUCCUUAUAAUUUAUAAUGGCAUACAAGUGGUAGCCUCAGCGUACUUAGUUCAGUAUUACUUCAAAAGUUUAUUAAACACAGGAUUAACUCCAAGAAAAUGUUACAUGACUGAGGACAAUUCAAGAAAAGAGGUUCUUCUGGGCAUUUGGAUGUACUUCGCAGCCAAGGUCACAGAGCUAUUAGACACAGUCUUCUUCGUUUUAAGAAAAAAGAACAACCAAGUUACCUUCCUCCAUCUAUACCACCACUCCAUCAUGAUGGUGGGCACCUGGGCUACUCUUAAAUACUGGCCGUCACAGAGUUUAAUCUUCAUCGGAUUCCUGAACUCUCUGGUCCAUGUUUUCAUGUACACUUAUUACGGAUUAGCAGCAUUGGGCCCUAAUGUUGCAAAAUACUUGACGUGGAAGAAAUAUAUGACCACGUUUCAAUUGGUACAGUUCGUUUCCAUCAUCAUCCAAUACGUCGUCAGUGUCAAGGUCUCAGACUGUCCGCCAGCGAAGGGCGUAGCGACAUUCGUAGCCUGCAACACCUUCUUCUUCCUGAUUCUCUUCUUAAACUUCUACCGCCAGAGCUACAACAACAAAGUGGCUAAAGCCAAGAAUGCGAAUGGCAUAAAAAAUGGUAAAGUAGAGAAAAUACACUAAGAUCAUGACUGAUUAGUCUAUUGUAAAUAUAGAAGGCUAGUUGUUAGUAAGGCUACGAGUCAUGCAGGGUUGGGUUAUGUUGUGUAUUGUCAUCAUUGUGAUCACUAACCAUUAUUGUAGUUGAACGCGGUAAAAACAUUCUCAGCCCUCGCGGCACGAUAACCGCGCCAUGUUCGGUGCGAAAUAUACUCAGGACUUCGACCAAUAGCCGUACGAAGUCUAUCUACGUAGAUAGCAAUUCGCUGCGUUUAGUGACCAAAGCCCUCGAUAUAAUUCGCACUGCGCGGCGCAGUUGUCGUGCUGAUUCUGCAGGCGUCAAAUCGCGCGAAUAUAUUCACAAAGUGUCAAAACUCGCGAAUACCAACGCCUGUGAUAUCAUUCUAAGUUACACUUAUGCUAUGUUUCUUGAAUAAUGUACGUUACCACCCAUAAAGUAUGAAUGUAAAUAUAAUUGAAUCAUGUUUAUAAAAUGUACACAACAAAGAAAUAACAGUUGCUUUAAUAGUGAUGAUACAUAUUAUUAAAUUAAAGCUUAUUUUAUUUUAUUAUGAAUAUGUUCAAGAAACGUUAAAACAACGAAUAAUUGUGCGGUGACUACGAAUUUAGUUACAAAUACCUAACAGGCAUUGAUAAUUAUGUUAUUUGUAAGCACAUGUGACACAAUACGAUUUUUAAUGAGAAUUAAAAUAUGUAAAUAGUAUAAAUACAAUUAUAUAA